UAAAAAGAAAAGUUUAUGAGAAUUUAACAUUUCGCUGGAAGAAUGGUUUUAUGAAAAUGCAAAAUCCGCCUACAAUAAAAACAACCAGUAUUUCCAAUGAAAAAUGCAAAACCGAGCAAACAGUAUCUGCCUUUUUGUACUUGAAAGAUGAACAAUUGGACAAAGAAAUAAAUUGUCAAACUACUUAUUGGCGAUUGUUUUGGAAAGGAACAACUCGGAAAUCUAUAAAUAUAAAAACAAAACCAGAGAGAAACCAAAUCCUGGGUCCUGUGGUUGUUAUAACAGAUGAGUUGGAGGAUAGAUCACUCCAAUCUUUGACAUGCAAGACUACAACUGAUAUCCUUAACUCAACAGAGGACAUUCAGUGGUGCAUCAGAAAAGAAAAUAACACGCGGUAUGUCCCUCUUCCACUUCAAGAAGAUCCAAACAUUGAAAUAUUUAAUAGAUCAACCGAAAAGACAAUUAAAAGCAGUGUUCUUUAUCAGUUACUGAAAAGCGAUGAAAAUGUGGAAAUUAUCUGUGAAACUAACCAUUCCAGAACCUGUGGAUCAGGCACAUUAAGAGGCACGGUUCUUCUAAACUCAGAACCGAUCAAAGCACGAAAUUUACUUCAAAAUAAUACAAAUGUUACUUUGGAGCAAUCAGAUCAGUUAGAUAAUACAUGUCCUACUACAGAUGAAACAAACACUAUGCUCUAUGCCUCAGCUGGUGUGAUGACUGCUGGUAUAAUUAUCCUUGUAUCAGGAGUCUUUGCUUUUUGCAAAGCGAAGAAAAGAGUGAAAAAUGAAACCAGUACUUCAUCUUUGAAUGCUGCUGCGGAUAAAUCUAACAUGCCAAAAGCAAAUGCAUACAGUUCUGUCGGAAACAAUCCAGUCUCACACGAGCAUCAGAAUCAAAUAUCAUCUGGCGGCCAAACCUAUUCGAAUGCCCCAGUUCACACAAGGGGAGCAACUAUCGGUGUUUAUGAAUUAACUGAUGGCAGUAAUGAUGGGGAAAUGUAUGAACCAGUAGUAUUACAUGAUUAUGAUCCACAUGUUUAUGAAGGAAAACUCCAAACUGAUGAAGUUUAUGAAGAUGUGUAAACAUGAGGAAAAUAUAAAGAAGCAUACAUUAAAAGCACAAAAAUCAGUUCAAUUCUUCUCAAAAUAAUUUAUUAAAGCGAGUGACUGCUUUUCGAAACAUAAAUUUGACAUACAUAUGUAUAUACUUCUUAGUCAUUUACAAACCAUAUGUCGAAUCCUUUUUUUAUUUGAACUUUGCUUUAAUCAGUUUAAAAACUUUUGCUUACUCUAAUACUAUUUUCAUAUUUCAUUUAAUAUAAUACUGAUUUUUUUAAUCAGGCUAAUUUUUGUGCUCGAUACAAAGUUAAUAUUUUUAUAACACAAGGUGUCACUUGAACAGAUGGGAUACAGAUAUUUCACGCCUUUAAAAGUGUUGCCCUGAUAAUCCUUUAUGUAUUCCUUUGAUUUAAGCAAAGAAUUUUAUUGUUGGUAAGUUUUAACCUCAAUUACGUAUAUAAUUUGGCAUGCAUAUGCAAGGGGUCUUUGUUUUUUUUUUAAUACUGCAUUAGACGCCAUGAUUGACUUUAUAGAAAAAUUAUUACCUUUUAAGAAUUUAAUGCCAAAACAGAGAGAAAUUGAGUAACUGUAGUUGGAAUAAA